ACUGUUGCUUUUCUUGUGAUGUGGAUUUUAUGGACAAUUGUAAAUCUAAUAUUCACAAAUUAUCCGAAAUUCAACCUAAGGAAAAUGCAACCUUCACCUAAAAAUGACAGUUCAUUCAAUUUUACUAUUUUAAUGUAUGCCCCACCUAUUUAUCCAAAAAAUCAUUACAAAAUUAACUUUUUAAGGAAAUGUGUCUUUGACAAUUGUAAAAUUAGCUUUGACCGUUCCUUGCUUCGUUAUAGUGAUGCUGUAAUUUUCUUUUACAAAGAAAUAACGUUUAAGCCACCGACUAAAUUCCCUAAUCAGACGUGGAUAUUAACAAAUUUCGAGGCUCCUAACUUUAAGUCACCUGAAAGAUAUAUUAAACUAUUUAAAUUUGAUUGGACCAUGUCUUAUCGCCAAGACUCCGAUGUGUAUGUACCAUAUGGGGUUAUAAAGGAGAGCAGAAUGAAUAAUGAAAAGAAUUAUUCGUCAAUAUACUCAAUGAAAUCAUAUGACGUGGCUUGGAUAGUCAGUAACUGUAAGACUAGAUCCAGACGGGAUGAAUAUGUUGAAAAACUUUCUGAAUAUAUAGACAUUGAUAUUUACGGUAAAUGUGGAUGGUAUUCAUGCCGAGGUUCAAUUUUUCAAUGUAAGAAGAGACUCAGUGAACGUUACAAGUUUAUGCUGGCCUUUGAAAAUUCAUUAUGCAAAGAUUAUUUGACAGAAAAGAUAUUUCAUUUGUACCGGGACAAUAUUGACAUUAUUCCUGUUGUGCGAGGUGCGCCAAACACAGUGGAACACUUACCUAACAAUACCUUUGUGUUAGUUUCAGAUUUCAAAUCUCCAAAAGAUCUUGCAGACAGGUUAAAGAUUAUUGGAGGCAACGAGGCGCUUUAUACCGAAAUGUUAAAACAAAAAGACAAAUACACAGCUUUUUCAGAUCCAAAUGAAGAAACGGGCAUAUGGGGUGUAUGUAGAACAUGUAAAUUGUUGAAUAAUAAUUAUCAAUCAAAUAAGACAGUGGAUAUAGAAAGAUGGCUAUCAGGAAGGUCUUGUAUUUUACCUUCCGACUUGUGAUUACUUUCAAUAUUAGAACUACAAAAUUAUGUAACCAAAUUUGUUUUUUUUAAAUCAUUGUUAUAUAUAUUUUUUGUCACAGUCAAGACAAUAAUCUAAAUUUAAUGACAAUCAAGGUUUGAAAUUCAAUUUGUUAUUAAUAUAGGUCUAUGUAUAGAUAUCACGUCUGUCAUCAUUUUCUUCUGAUCGAAUUGUUAUCCUUGGGAUGCUAAUUUUAUAUCAAGUAGAGUGUGCACUCUCCUUCUCAUACAGUCUCCUUGGUGAAACAUACAGCGGCUACUAGUAUGAUUUAACUGGGAAAGACAAAUCAGAAUCAUCUAUUUUUAAAAUGAAUAAAUAGAUCAGAAACUAUCUGUCCAUAUUUUGUUUGUAGUCACAGAUUUACACGAACAAAGAGAAGAAUUUUGAUCAUCAAGACUUUGACGUGUUGUUAACUGAUAUACUGGAAAUGUAUUAUAUUAAAUGUAUGAAUUAGAAAAAGUAUCAAAAUAUAACACAUACCAUGCAUUUUCUGAAUAUAAACCAGUCAUGCUGUAUCAUCUUUGGAAUGUCUUGAAAUGAAAUUUUAUUGACAGAUUUAGAUUUUUGAAUUGCAAUAUUUAUAUAACUUUGCAUAGUUUUCCCAUUUUCAGUGCCUCCUUCUGUAGAUUUUUUGUCAUCUGGAAACAGCUUUGUAAUUAAAUUGGCCACAUAAUUGGAACUUAUUCUAUCUUACUUGUAUUUUGUUCUUGCUACUGUUUACAUUACUGUCUAAUAAUUAUAGUUAUAUGUAUAUAUAUACAAUAACUCUACCUUGCCUUGAGAUCUGAAACAGACCCCUUUUUGACCUCUUCAGUAGUUAUUAUAUAGUCUAGUCAUUAACGUUUACUCUUUUUUAUACUUACAGUUUAUAUUUUCGUUUUGUUCUUUUCAUUGUGAGUAAUUUAAUAUAUUACGUCCCUACCUCACCUUAACAUUUAAACUGUAUCCCUUUUUGACCUACAUUUCACAUAUUCUUUAUGUACCUUUAACAAUGUAAAUAUGUGCUACCGUUAAAUUGACCUACAGUUACUUAUAUCCUUAUAUAGCCUAAAACCAUUUUAUACUUAAGUGGUAUUCAAUUGUACUUUUCUUUCUGUUGAAAAUAUAUGCAGAAGAAUUAUUUAUAACAAAAAACGCUUAUAUUUGUAGAAAAUAUCUUUUGGUUAACGCUUAUUUGCUUUCGAAUAACUUUAGGAAAUAUUGUACAUUACAUUAUUCUGCAACCGGUAUAUUAACUAUAUGGUACCUUAUGUUCCAGAAAUUUUAAAACUCAUUUAUUCAUUAUUUUGAUUCAUUCAUUGUUAAACAAAUAAUAAAAUUGAUGUCAUUAUAUUAAGUUAUAAUUGAAAAUAUUCAUUAUUUUUUUUUUGGAAAUGUUGUACCAGUAUUAAAAUUCAAUGAACUUUGAAAUUUAGGAUUUCUCAGGAUCGAUUGUGUUUCACAAGAUGCGAGCAAAAUAAGUGUACAGUUUUGACUAAAAGGAAAUAACGAGACAACAACACUAUGACUAUAUGUUUCCAACAGUUGAUACAAUAUGUCAAGCUCUAAAUAAAAUUGAGAAUGGAAAUGGGGAAUGUGUCAAAGAGACAACAACCCGACCAUAGAACAGACAACAGCAGAAGGUCACCAACAGGUCUUCAAUGCAGCGAGAAAUUCCCGCACCCGGAGGGGUCCUUCAGCUGGCCCCUAAACAAAUAUAUAUACUAGUUCAGUGAUAAUGAACGCCAUACUAAACUCCAAAUUGUACACAAGAAACUAAAAUUAAAAAUAAUACAAGACUAACAAAGGCUAGAGGCUCCUGACUCGGGACAGGCGCAAAAAUGAGGCGGGGUUAAACAUAUUUAUGAGAUCUCAACCCUCCCCUAUACCUCUAGCCAAUGUAGACGUAAAUGUUCACUUAAAUUUUUUUGAUUGAUGUACAUGUGCAUGAUGAAACUAUACUGUAGCAACACUAUUGGUUGAUUGAUUGAUGUACAUGUGCAUGAUGAAACUAUAUUGUAGCAACACUAUUGGUUGAUUGAUUGAUGUACAUGUGUAUGAUGAAACUAUACUGUAACAACACUAUUGGUUGAUUGAUUGAUGUACAUGUGUAUGAUGAAACUAUACUGUAGUAACAAUAUUGGUUAACUGAUUGAUUAACAUGUACAUGAUGAAACUAUACUGUAUCAACAAUAUUGGUUGUUUGAUUGAUGUACAUGUGCAUGAUGGAACUAUACUGUAGCAACAAUAUUGGUUAAUUGAUUGAUUAACAUGUGCAUGAUGAAACUAUACUGUAGCAACAAUAUUGGUUAAUUGAUUGAUUAACAUGUGCAUGAUGAAACUAUACUGUAGCAACACUAUUGGUUGAUUGAUUAAUUUACAUGUGCAUGAUGACACUAUACUGUAGAAACAAUAUUUAGUUGAUUGAUUGAUUGAUUUACAUGUGCAUGGAUAACUAUACUGGAGCAACACUAUUGAUUGAUUGAUUGAUUGAUUGAUUUACAUGUGCAUGGAUAACCAUACUGGAGCAACAAAAUUGGUUGAUUGAUUGAUUUACAUGUACAUGAUGAAACUAUACUAUAGCAACAAUAUUGGUUAAUUGAUUGAUUAACAUGUGCAUGAUGAAACUAUACUGUAGCAACAAUAUUGGUUAAUUGAUUGAUUAACAUGUGCAUGAUGAAACUAUAAAGUAGCAACAAUAUUGGUUGAUUGAUUUGCAUGUGCAUGGAUAACUAUAAUGGAGCAACAAUAUUCGUUGAUUGAUUGAUUGAUUUACAUGUGCAUGGAUAACUAUACUGGAGCAACAAUAUUGGUUGAUUUACACAUGUGCACAAUUAAAAGAGGGGCGAAAGAUACCAGAGGGACAGUCAAACUCAUAGAUCGAAAAUAAACUGACAACGCCAUAGAUAAAAAAUAAAAAGACAAACAGACAAAUAAUAGUACACAAGACACAACAUAGAAAACUAAAGACUAAGCAACACGAACCCCACCAAAAACUGGGGGUGAUCUCAGGUGCUCCGGAAUUGUAGGUAGAUCCUGCUCCACAUGUGGCACCCGUCGUGUUGCUCAUGUUAUUACAAAUCUGGCAAAUAGUCUAAUUCGGUAGAUUAAACUAUACUGUAGUGACAAUUAUUGGUUGAUUGGUUUGAUUGAUUCAACUUGUCAGUGAAAAUAUUCACUCCAUUUUUUGUAAGAAAAUUGACAAUUGAACAGUUGUCUUAAAUUUCAAGUUGAUGUGACCACACCUUCAUGUUAAAUAACCUUAACCAAAACCUUAAUCUGAUACGAGACGGACUUACGGACGGACGCACAAAACAGAAAACAAAUGAAUGUUACAACAAUAAUAAGCUCAUCAUUUUUCAGAUAGCAAAUUCAAGCUUUGGUUUCUGCUUUGUUAAAAGUUUAAGUUAAUACAUCUUUACUCAAUACUUUACUUUAUUUCUAUUUCUAUUUUUGUCAUUCAUUAGAUGUACUUAUAACAUUUCUG